CUGCUUCCUUCAGAUUUAUCAAAAUCAUCCCCCCAGCAACGCCUCCCCUCCGACGGAUCAAAGUUUAGAAAAAAAUCAACACUUUCCGAUGUCCGACAAAGCUUACGUCACAUUCUUUGCCGGCGACGGCGAUUACGUGAAAGGCGUUGUAGCGUUAGCCAAGGGGUUGAGAAAGGUGAAAUCCGUACACCUGUUGGUGGUGGCGGUUUUGCCCGACGUAGCCGGGGAGAACAGGCUCAUACUUGAGAACCAGGGAUGUAUAGUGCGAGUGAUCCGACCUGUUUACCCACCCGAGAAUCAUACCCAGUACGCCAUGGCUUACUACGCCAUCAAUUCAAAGCUUUGUAUCUGGGAAUUUGUCGAGUACAGGAAGAUGAUAUAUCUGGACGGCGACAUUCAGGUGUACGAAAACGACGAUCACUUGUUCGAUUUGCCGGACGGCCAUUUCUACACGGUGAUGGACUGUUUUUGUGAGACGACAUGGAGACACACACCGCGAUAUGAGAUAACUUACUGCCAACAAUGCCCCGACAAGAUCAAGUGGCCGGACGACAAGUGUCAAGCCCCUUCUCUUUACUUCAAUGCCGGCAUGUUCGUCUUUGAGCCCGGCCGUGAAACAUGCGAAAACCUAUUGCACACUCUCGAAAUCACCCCUCCGACAUCGUUUGCAGAACAGGACUUUUUGAACAUGUUCUUCAAGGACAUUUAUAAGCCAAUUCCGUUGUAUUAUAACCUCAUUCUCGCCAUGUUAUGGCGACACCCGGAGAAUGUAGAGCUCGAGAAAGUUAAGGUUGUCCAUUACUGUGCUGCGGGAUCAAAGCCAUGAAGGUACACGGGGAAAGAAGAAAACAUGCAAAGAGAAGACAUCAAGAUGCUGAUAAAGAAAUGGUGGGACGUUUACAACGACGAGUCACUCGAUUACAAGAAACCAACCAUUGCAGAGGGAGAAGCAGCGGUGGCAGUCUCGGAUGCCGCCGGUGAAGUUAAUUACGCGACCGCCCCAUCCGCUGCUUAAACGUGGUCGGCUCUCUUUAAGAA